AUGGAGCCAAAGAAUAUUGAAGAACUUUCCUGGUGGAUGUUUGAUGGAAGUUCGACAGGACAAGCUCAUGGUGAAAAUUCAGAUAUUUAUUUAAAACCAGUGGCGAUGUUCAAAGAUCCAUUUAUGUUGGGAGCAGAAAACAAAUUGGUACUAUGUGAAACGUACGAUGCACAGAAGAAGCCAACAAGGCCAUAUUACUGUGGUGUUGGUGCUUGUCAGACUUAUGGUCGAGAUUUGGUUGAAGCACACUAUCGGGCUUGUCUGUAUGCUGGUUUGGAUAUCGGUGGUACUAAUGCGGAAGUAAUGCCUAGCCAAUGGGAAUAUCAAAUCGGUCCGACGUUAGGUAUUGCUGCUAGUGAUCAAUUGUGGAUAAGUCGUUAUAUUCUGCAAAGAAUCGCAGAAGAAUACGGAAUUCAAGUCACAUUGGAUCCAAAACCCAUGGAUAUUGGUGACUGGAAUGGAGCUGGAUGUCAUACAAAUUUUUCACUCGAGGAAAUGCGAAAACCCGGUGGAAUCAAAGCAAUUCUAAAAGCAAUUGAAAAACUGUCUCAUCGUCACAGUACUCAUCUGAAAUACUAUGAUCCGACUCAAGGAUUGGAUAAUACUCGUCGUCUAACGGGCAAGCAUGAAACAGCCUCCUACAAGAGAUUUUCAUCUGCAAUAGCAUCACGUAACGUUAGUAUUCGUAUACCGCGUCAAGUUGAUGAAGAACAAUGCGGCUAUUUCGAAGAUAGACGACCAGCUGCCAAUUGUGACCCAUAUGCCGUGACAAACAUUUUAGUCAAGACAAUUUGUUUAGAUGAAACGGAUGGAAAUUAG